AUGGCAAGUCCUGAAUUAGCUGAAAAGCUGAAGAAGCGUCUGGAACAACCAGAUGAACCGAAUUUGAAUCAAGCACCACCACCAGUGGCACCAGUGAUUCCGCAGAAAAUAGUCGAGAAUCCAUACAUUCCAGUCGCUGACACUUCAAUCGACGAUUUAAUUUUCAAAGCAUUGGAGAAAAAAGAAGAGAACAACAACAAUCAAUGCAAACCAUUAGAGAUCAAAACAGAACCAGAACAAUCGACAUCUCCUCUUCCGAUGCAUCAACAUCAGACAAUUGCCGAUCCAAGAAGUCCUCCUCCAAAGAGAUCAAUUCAAGAACUUUUGGAAAUGGAAAAACUAGUAAAUGAGCAACAACUACAAAUGGCUCCAGUACCAAAAACGCCAGUAAUGGUGAUCACAAAAGGAGCAUUUCCAAGAAGUUCCUCUCCAAGAAGACAGCAAUUUGUAAGAGAGAAUGAGGAUGGAAAUGAGUUAGAGAAGAGAUUAGCAGCACAGAGAUUGAAAAAAUAUAAUGAAGAAAUGGAUAAUCUUGUACAGAAACCUGUUGAUGUGCUCGACGAAAUUAUGAGAAGUCCUCCCCCACCGCCAACAUCUCCUCCACAAUUGCCAACAAGUCCACCACCACCAGCUCCACCUGCAAGAAUCGCCAGUGUUCGAUCUGACGAAUCGAUUGAAGAAGAAGAACGUCGACGAAAAGAAUCAGAAGAGACAGCUUCAUUCGAAGAGCUAGAAGCUGAAAUCAUGAGAAUCUCGAGAAGUCCAGUACCACCACCAGUUUUUUCCAUCCCUCCACCACCACCUCCAACUAUUCCACUUCCUCAAAUUCCUCAAAUAUCUCCAUCACCUCCAUCUCCCCGUCCCACAAGUGUUCCACCUCCAAUUCCAAGUCCUGGACCUUCUGAAGAUGUGAAUAUGGACGAACUGAUUGAAUCAUUCUCAGAUUCUGUGAUUAUUAAUCCAACUUCUCCACCUCCACCACUGCCACCUCUUCGAGAAUCCUCUUUGGAAGCUGCUGAAGUAACUCCGGAAGAUCCUGCUCCUGAGAAGAUGACUGAAGAAACUCCACAGGUUGUCGAAAAAACUUCAGAACUUCCAAUCACAAACGAACCCACAGCAGUAGCUCCCGCUGCUGCUCCACCGGCAUCAGAAGAGCACAAGGUUCCAGAAGUUUCUGCAUACGCUGUAUCAGAAAUUGUCAAAAACAUCGAUGCUGUAGAGGAUCGUCCAAAAGCACCAACUCCAAUCAGAGAUUCAUCUCUUCCACCUCCACCGCCACCGAAACCAGAGACGCCAUUAGCUAUACGAAGGGCUGGUCCAAUUCCAACUCCACAACUUAUGGAAAUGAUUCAUCAGGAAGAUUUCGCCCGUCCAGCAUCGCCGACAUCCUCGUCUAUUUCCCACAGCCGUCCACAGUCUCCAGCGGUUCCCAAGAAACCAUCAAUCGUCAGUCCAUUGGGUCUCCUGUGUGAUCCAAAUUUGUCUCACGAGAAGCCGAAAUCUGAGAAAACCGAUGAAGAGCCAGCGAAAGAAAUGGAUGCCCCAGUUCCAGUUGCACCAGUAGAUGAAACUGAACUCACAGACGCGUUGGAGAGAAGGAAUAAGAUUAAUGAAGCAGUGAUCAUGUUUGAUGAAAACUUUUCUAAAUUCGGCGAGAAUGUGCCAUUGAAGAUGAACAAGAAAAUUUCGUUGUACGCCGAGUUCAGCGAGUUCUCCCGAAAACAGAUUCAGUAUUUCGUGGACACAUUCAAAAAGUAUGACGAGGAUCAGGACAAUUUUAUUGAUUUCAACGAGCUUAAACGGAUGAUGGAGAAGUUGGGAGAGGCACAAACUCAUAUCGCAUUGAAAGAUCUUAUCAAGAAGGUCGACGAGGAUCAAGAUGGCAAAAUUUCUCAACGAGAAUUUCUUCUGAUUUUCCGAUUGGCGGCCAGCGGAGAAUUGGCGUGUUCCGAAGUGUUCAAGACGCUCGCCGAAAGUGUGGACGUCUCCAAAGAAGGCGUGCUCGGAGCAGCGAACUUCUUCCAGGCCAAGAUUGAGGAACAAACGAAACUGUCUAGAUUCGAAGAAGAAAUGAAAGAAGAAAAAGAAGAGAAGAAGCGUCUGGAAGAAGAGAAAAAGGCUCGUCGAGAGAGUUCCUGGCCAGCAAAUCAAUCUUCCAUUGAUC